CUGAAUCCGGCACUUCAACGGCUGGCAAAGCCCAGCAGACCCCGAAGAGCAAGCAAGACGGGAUGGCGCCGAUAGCCACCGAACUGGCCACUUUUCGCGCCCUCACCUUCCGACUCUCCUCGACCGCGACCUCACUGCUUCCCGAGCACGUGCCCGCCAUCGCCGCGUCGCUGGCCAAUUGCAGGUCAUUGCUCGCUUCGGCGCACACUUCUGGAUCCAAAGCUUCGGCGGAGGCUUCAGUUGCGGUUCACAAGUAUAGGGCCUUGCUCUCGACCCUCCUCCAGGAUCGGACUGUCCAAGGAAGAUGGGCAGCCAUAGUGCUCGUCAAGGCGACUGUAGAGAUCGGUGGCUGGGAAACACUCCAGAAGAGCCUUGCCUGGGUUCGUGGGCUUCUAGCUAUUCUCACAAAGCCGGAUCCGCCGUCCUCCAAGAAGCUGUGUCUCAUCACAUUGACCCGCAUAUUCUGCCUCACCCGGGAGUAUCCGACGCUUGUUCGCGAGAUAACGACGCCCUCCCUGCCCACCUUCAUCCAAUCGAGCUUGCAAAUAGCUACACCGAAAGCUCCAGCGAGCCUAUUGCAAGCCGUUUUUGAGAGUUUCAACCAGCUGCUUCCGCGCCAUCCAACCAUCUUCCGCUCUUAUCUUAAACAGCUACAGCAGCUUCUAGGGCGAACUAUUGCGCCUACACCAUCCAGCAAACUCGGCCCGGAGCAAGUAUCAGGUCCCAAAUUUGAGACAGCAUCCGAAGUCUCUGCAGCCGCUCGACGCUUGUAUACACAACUACCAUGCUGCGCGCCGAAAGGGGCGUCAAAUGAGGAGUGGCACGAGUCUUUCAAAAGAACAGUCGAAAACGUACACCGGGUCUCAGACAGGGUCUUCCGGGCUGUGGUGGAGGACUGGAGAUCGUCUGUUAAUAAUAUGCCAUCUCUGAAUAGCCACACUUCGGACGAUGAAGUUCAAGAUUUGGAACCUAGCGCGAUGGCUCUGCCCCCUUGGUCCGGUAUCUAUGCGGGAAGCGAACGCCUUGUUAGUCUACUUAGACUUAUCAAAGAUCACUUGGACUGUGCGACUGCUGGUCCCAUAAGCCUCAAUGUGGGGCUCACCGUGGAUCUGCUUUCAAGGCUGCUGUCACUGACGGUGCCUUCGACGACAGGAGGCAAGGCCUUCCAGACCAACGGGGCCAGGUUCAACAAUCAAGUCACCAAGGAGGAACGGGAAACCCUGUGGUUAAUCUUGCCCAACGUACAUGUUGCAGCGAUGGAGAUUCUUCUGGUGUUGACACAUCGAUGUGACGCAAGCACGCUAGCUGUUGACGUUGUCCUGCUAGACCAACUGGUCUGGGUAUUCGCAUCAGAGAAAGACACACCUCAGAUACGGACGGCAUGUUAUCAGACAGUCGCGCAGUUAUUAAUGCGCUCAGGUGCGGCGUUGUCUAAAUCAUCAAUCGACUCGCUCUCGACUAUGAUCCGCACCUGCUGCGACGAUAUAUUGCCUGUGGAACUGAGCCUUGUGUCCUCGAAACAAACGCAGGCUAAAGCGAACGGCAAUAGCCAACAGCAGGUUACUACGAACGCUGACUCGUUCUUGAGGUUAUCUAAAAGCCUGAAGGACCCCAUCGCUAACUUUAGCGGGCUGCAGGAAGCCGCACGCUCGCUUCUUCCCGUUGUCUUCGCCAACAUUCGUUCCCAGUAUCUGUCGAAUUCUGUGAGGGCUCGCCUUGACCGCACUGUCAUCCUCGUGGGUCACAAGGACGCCAUGGUGGCCAGUCUUCUGAACCCUCCGCCUAGCAGGAAGUGUGGCAAACCAGCUGCGAGCAUCUUGCCAUUGCUAGCGAGAUUUAGAGCCGGCGAGCAAGAUGUGGAGAGCCUGCUGAGACCGCGGAUGCCCGUGAUCCGCACCGGUUCCCAGGAUUAUAACGGUGGAGAAGAAGAGGAGGAGGAGGAGGAGGAGGAGGGGGCAACGCAGGAUGGUGAAGGAGAGGAUGACCACUUUGUCGGUCACGAACUCGACAGCAUCUUGGAGACAGCAAACAGUACCAAUAGCGGUGGGGGCGACGCCGCAUUGGCAGACCCGACCGGCGUAGGGCCAGAGCACCAAGCACUUCUGUUGUCCGCUGCACCAGGCCUCAACGCUAACGAUGGGAUCGACACUGUCUGUCUGGGAACUGGACGGCAUGAGGGUGGCCUGGGCGGUAAAAGGGCGCAGGCCGAGGAUGUUCCCUCUUCACCUGCCAAGCGAGUGAAAGUGAACGAGGAAGGAGCGGCUCCAUCAGGCUCACCUACGACGUCAAUACCGUCAAUACUGACAAUACCGACCACCCUCGCGCCAGCUAUCACUGCCCCACUAGAAACUGCGGUGGUUGAUUUUGUAGAGCCGACUACGUCACAGGCUUCACCUCCCCCAGCGCCGCCAGCAGAAGAGCAAAGAGAAGAUAGCGAUGAGGAUGAUAUUGUACCGCUAGUCCUUGGGCAAGACACGGAUGACGAGUCGGAUUGAUAGCUAUUGUUCAAAGCUCUUGUGCGAAUAGAAACGUGUAUAUUG